GGUUUAAAAACCCAGUGGGUCUCAUUUAGCCGUCCCGCUUGAAGAGCCCUUCUCCGUUGCAGUGCAAAAUCACCGGAACCCUAGGAUACUUCGUCGCCGGCAACCAUGGGUAUCUCUCGUGAUUCGAUGCACAAGAGACGUGCCACUGGAGGCAAGAAGAAGGCAUGGAGGAAGAAGCGAAAGUAUGAGAUGGGAAGACAGUCUGCAAAUACAAAGCUGGUGCCUAAUGCUAAGACUGUUAGGAGGAUCAGGGUCCGAGGAGGCAAUGUGAAGUGGCGUGCUUUGAGGUUGGACACUGGAAAUUACUCUUGGGGUAGUGAAGCUGUUACUAGGAAGACCCGUUUAUUGGAUGUGGUCUACAACGCCUCAAACAAUGAGUUGGUUAGAACACAAACUCUAGUGAAGAGUGCUAUUGUGCAAGUUGAUGCAGCUCCAUUUAAGCAGUGGUAUCUCCAGCAUUACGGUGUUGAAAUUGGUCGCAAGAAGAAGAGUGCUGCCAAGAAGGAAGGAGAGGAGGUUGCUGAGGCUGCUGCAGAGGAGAAGAAAAGUAACCAUGUCCAAAGAAAGCUGGAAAAGCGUCAACAGGAUCGCAAGAUCGACCCACAUGUUGAAGAGCAAUUUGCUAGUGGUCGUCUAUUGGCGGCAAUCUCAUCACGACCUGGCCAAUGUGGCCGUGCUGAUGGUUACAUCUUGGAGGGUAAGGAACUGGAGUUUUACAUGAAGAAGCUACAGAAAAAGAAAGGGAAGGGUGCAAGUGGUGCUACUGCUUAAGAGUUGUAACUCAUCAUAAGUUUUAUAUGAGAUUGCCUCUGUUAUUACUCUCCAUAGAAUGGGAAUUAAGAACAUCCUUUAGCUAUUAUUAGAGUUUAAGAUCAGACUUAUCUUUUUUGUAAUGCGAUGUCACAUGAUUUUGACAGGGUCAUCUUACAUCACUAAUGUUUUCUUCAGA